UAUCAGACUGUCAAUAUAUAAUCCAUGACAAAUUGACAUAUAAACAAACAAAAGAAGAGGUAGUACAUAUGGAUGAAACAAAUAUUUCUCCAAAACCAAAGAAGACUGUGUCAAAACUUAAAGUGAAGAAAUCUAAACCAGAAGGAGAGUCAAGUUACGAUCCCACCAAGUUAGAGGACAGCCCUGCACAAGUUUCAGAGCGAUUCAAAAGAGGAUGUGAAUGUCAGGAUGAUCAGUGUUUCAAAGGACUAAAUCCUGAGACAGUGUAUAGACAUAGGCUAAAUAUUGCAGAAUUAACUAAGGCUGAACAUGACAUGUAUUUAAUGGGUGUUACGAUGGCAUGCUUGACAAAUCCAUAUGAAACAGCAAGACAUACAGAACGGCGUAGAUUACGCGCGCAAUACGUUUAUCAGGGCCGUAGAGUUUGUUUAGAUGCUUUUUUAUAUUUGGAAAACUGUACACAUUAUCAAAUAAAAAGAAUUAGGAAACAUAUAAUGACUCAUGGCGUUACACCACGAGUUCAUGGGAAUCACGGGAAGAUUCCGCAUAAUACAUUCUCCUUAGACAUUUAUAAAAUAGCUACAGAGUUCUUAAAAAAUUUUAUCGAACUACAAGAAGCAAAACAGAAAACUAAAGUUGCAAAAAACGCACCGUUACAUUUACCGUCUGAUAUUACGCGUAAAGUAGUGUAUGAUAUGUACAUACAGUAUUGUAGAAAAAUGUCACCUAAUAUAAAAAUAAUGGGGUAUUCUACCUUCAGUAGAUUUAUGAAAGUUCAAUUUCCACAAGUGAAGUUUGCAAAGUUAGAGUUUCUAGUUAGAAAUCAAAGUAUGCAAAGUCAGGGGUGUAGUAAAAUAGAUUUGGAGAAGGAUCUGACUGAUGAGAGACCAUCUAAUUCAGCAGACUUAAUAACAGAGGAUGGUGCCUUAUUACCUUUAUUAAUUGCCAGUGAAACAGGACAAAGUGAUACUUAUUUUUUGACGCCCGUCAGCAAAUUGCAAGAUGGUAUGAGUUAUCAUAUAACUGCAAAUGGGUUUCUAUCCAAUAAACCAGCAUUACCGAUUGCUUUGACUAAAGUCAACGUUGUUUAA